AUGUCCGCUACUCAACUCGUCCGAAGGAGUUUUGCUCGCAAGAGGCUACCUCGUCCGCAACGGCGACAAUACGCCACGGAAACGGCGAUACCAGUGAAGCCGUCAUGCUAUGGUCAACCGUUAUGCCAAAGCCACCCACAUCUCGUCAAGCCCAAUGAAUUGACACCAGGUAUACCUGCGGAAGAAUACGAAACGAGGCGGAGGAAGCUAAUGGAUAAUUUGCCCGAUGACAGCCUCGUCGUCUCCGUGGCUGCUCCGAUAAAAUACAUGAGUGCUAAUAUAUUUUACAAGUAUCGUCAAGCCUCGGAUUUCUGGUACCUCACUGGUUUUGAAGAACCAGAAUCGGCGAUCGUGUUAGAAAAGAACUCUUCUUCACCGAAAGGCUAUCGCAUGCACCUAUUCUGCGGCGGCAAAGACACCGACAAAGAAAAAUGGGACGGAGCUAGGACAACAUUCCGUGAUGCCGCGAAGAUAUUCAACGCUGACGAAGCCACCUCCGUUGACGAAUUCCCAACCUACCUCAAAUCCAUCAUCCACCAAUACACUAACGUCUACGUUGACCUCCCUCCGAGCGUGCUACGCAAGAGGGGAGGCCCAAAGUACGCGUCGAAAGGGCUUCUGCGAUUCCUGGCGUCUCCGAUUAGUGGACGAACGGAUCACGAAGCGGUGAUCGAUGCGCUUGCGAGCUCUCGCCGAAAGCCUUUGGCGUCAGAGGUAGGUAAAUUGAGGAACAUAAAAUCUCCAGCGGAGCAGCAGAUUAUGCGGGCUGCCGCCGAUAUUAGUGGUCGUGCUCAUGCCAAGACGAUGCGCUUUACGCGACCUGGCCUCUCUGAAUCUGCUCUUGCAGCCCACUUCGAGUAUUUGUGCAGUCUUUCGGGUGCACAACGACUCGCCUAUGUUCCUGUUGUUGCAUCAGGACCCAAUGCCCUUAUCAUUCACUACACAUCGAACAACCACUUAAUAAGAGCAGGAGAAAUGCUUCUUGUCGAUGCAGGCUGUGAAUAUAACGGUUAUGCUGCUGAUAUAACGAGGUCAUACCCUGUCUCGGGCUCGUUUUCAGGCCCACAGCGGGAUCUAUACUCUGCUGUUCUAUCGGCUCAAAAGACACUGAUCUCCCUGUGCACUGAGUCUUCUCGGCUGAGCCUUAUGGAUCUUCAUCGAAAGUCGUGUGACCUCCUACGCACCGAGCUCAAACAAAUCGGAUUCACCCUCUCCAGUGGGGACCUCGAACGCAUACUCUACCCUCAUCUACUCAGUCACCCUAUCGGAAUAGAUUUACACGAGUCAACCCACUUUGACCGUAAUGCGCCACUCAAGGCGGGCAUGGUACUUACUAUUGAGCCCGGCAUUUACGUUCCUCCGUCUCCCAUGUUUCCCAGUCAUUUCCAUGAUAUAGGGAUUCGGAUUGAGGAUGAAGUGCUUGUCGGCCCAGAGCACCCAGUCGUAUUAUCCGUCAAUGCCCCGAAGGAGGUUGCUGAUGUUGAAGGUGCAUGUCAGGGACUACUUGGCCUAGAACCAUAUUAG